UCUUAGGUAUUAUUGAUGCCAUUUCAUCUUAUGUUAUAUCGAAAACACAAAAGUUGAUGUUAUUUGUUUUGGAAUUUAUAAACAAUAUAUAAUGUAGUAGCAAUGGUGUGUUAAAACAUCAAACAUCCUAACGAUUGUGGCCUAAACGCUUGAAGCAGUUCAAUAAAUCAGGAAGAUGAAUAAUCAGGCAUUCAGUUUGGCAGAAAGACUUAUUCCUGCAACUUAUGUGCAACAAGGUUUGAAUGCAAAAAAAACACGAGAAAAUCUUAUAAGACAUUUCAUUGAACAUCAAAAGUGGCCAGAAGAAGGGUGGGAUGAUGCAACAAUUGAAGCUUUUCUCUCAGAUUUAUCACAAAUGGAUAGCAACAACUUUCCUUCUAACUGUAGUGUAGGAGAACGUGAAGCAAGAAUUGUAUCAAACAUUGUAGCAAGGCGUCAUUUUCGGAUGGGUCAUGGAAUAGGUAGAUCAAGCGAUUUAGAAGAAGUACAACCAAAAGCUGCAGGGAGUAGCUUAAUGUAUAAAUUAACAAAUGCUUUAGUACUUGAAGUUAUUCGAUAUAUGGGUGUAAAAAGUAUAGCAGGCUGUUUUCUAUCCCCAAUGGCUACAGGCAUGAGUUUGGUAUUAUGUAUGCUAACAUUUAAGCAAGAUAGACCCAGAGCAAAGUAUGUAUUAUGGCCUAGAAUUGAUCAAAAAUCAAGCUUUAAGUCAAUAAUUACAGCUGGUUUAGAACCAAUUGUUAUUGAAACAAAAAUAAUUGGAGAUGAAUUAAAAACAGAUAUGCAAAGACUUGAAUCUCAAAUGGCAGCUUUAGGUGAAAGUGUUGCUUGUGUGCUUACAACCACUAGUUGUUUUGCACCCAGGGCAUGUGAUUCUAUUGAUUCUAUUGCAGCUCUUUGUACUCAAUAUAAUAUUCCUCAUUUAGUAAAUAAUGCCUAUGGGUUACAGAGUACAAGAUGUAUGCAUCUUAUACAAGAAGCGUCUCGAAAAGGUCGCGUCGAUGCCUUUGUUCAAAGCACAGAUAAAAAUUUUUUAGUACCAGUAGGUGGUGCAGUUAUUGGAUCAUUUGACAAAAAUCUUUUAGAUCGCAUAUCAAAAAUGUAUCCGGGUCGCGCAAGUGCUAGUUCUAUUAUGGAUGUAAUGAUAACAUUGCUUAGUUUGGGAAUGGCGGGUUACAAGCAAUUAAUUACACAACGUAAAGAAAUGUAUUCAUACUUAAAAGAAGAGCUUGGAAAAUUAGCAGCAAGACAUGAUGAGAGAUUAUUAGAUACUAAAGGAAAUCCUAUAUCAAUGGGAAUGACUCUUCAAUGUUUAAGUCAUCAACAUGACAACAAACAAGUUACAAUGUUAGGAUCAAUAUUAUUCCUUCGCAAUGUUAGCGGUACACGAGUAAUAACAACAACAGAAUCUAAACAUAUUGUUUCGCAUAAAUUUGAAGGGUGGGGAGCACAUAACAGUAAUUACCCAGUACCAUAUUUAACUGCUGCCGCCGCUUUAGGUAUGAAGCGAUCAGAUGUGGACAUAUUUAUACAACGAUUAGAUAAAGCUUUGACUAAAGUAAGAAGGCGUUCAGCUCCAGUCACACCAACAGCAUCUCUUGCUGGAUCCAGUAUUAAUGGAGAUGCAGGAGGUACUGGUGGUCCUGGAGAAUCAAGCACAGCUUCGACUAGCCGAGCAAGUAGUAAGGAUAGUUUAAGGAAAUGAACCGUAAUCAACGCAACUGGCCAGUCGAAUCAGUACAUUAAUUUGUAAGUAAAUUCUUACUUACAACUAAUACACAUUGCAUACCUCUAAAGAACAACAUUAACAUUGGAAUAUUCAAAUUAAUAUUUGAAAAAAAAAUAGUCAUACUUUAUUUUAAAAAAUAAUUAUUAUACAAUUUGUUUAUUAUAUAAAAUUUGUUUAAUCCAUAUCGAAAAAUUCUUGUCAACUAAUUAAAAUUGUUUAUUACAUAUUUGGUCGAACUUUUUCAUUUUAUUGAUUUAUUAACAGCUUAUAUUUUAUUACAACAAAAAUAUUUUUCAAAGAGGUAUGUAAUAACAAAAUGUGCUGAUUCGUCUGCCCAAUUGCGUUGUAACAUCGUUAAUUACUACGAAAUCAAGAAAGGGAGUUCCAUAUAAACCACAUUAAUAUCUGAACUGAUAUUUGAGAAGAAAACAAAAAUGUUGGAAUAUUAUAUUCAAAGAUAUUAAUUAAUAAGCGCUGGCCGCAAAAAUAUCUGUUACAUUUAUUAUAUGUUGUAAUAUUUUUGCAGUUUAAAGCAAAGCAUGUUAUCAAAUCUUUGGUUUUUCUCUUUUAUUAUUUAUUUUUACCUCAUUAAAUAUCAAGGUACAAGUUAUAUAUAGAUCAAGAUAUCACAAACUACUUAAUUUACAUCUUUUAGCCAUUUUUCACUGAUUCCUUUAAAACUAUUAUUUUAUUAAUAAGCACUAUUAUUGUUGCAAUUGGCUUUAGUAUUAUAUAGAUGAGUAUUUUGAACAGAUUAUUAUCCUGUAUCAUUUUUUUAUGAUUAAUUUCAUAAUUAAUUU